AUGCAGGACAUCGAUCUUCACACCAUCCUCGAGGACUUCACUCAUGAAGUGACGCGACCUCAAUCCGCUCAACAUAUUCUGCCCGCACCUGCCAAGGCCGAAGCCGAGGCUGAGGCUCCUCCGAUCGCUUUCACGGUCACGCCUCUGGAGACUGUGACCUUCGAUCUUCUGACCCCUCCACCUUCCAUCUCACCGGUAUCCAUUGUGGCCUCGGAGUUGUCGACGUCCUCCGCCUCUUCUCCGUCUUCCCAUCCAAGCCUGGUGCCAUCCUCAACGGAUCCAGAGUCCAUUCUCGGACUCAUCCAAUUCUUCCUCCACAUUCAAUCCGACCUCAGUGAGGUUCAUCAAUGGAUUAAGGCCGCGUUCGACCACCAAGAUCUCAUCCUGGCCCGCCAACUCUGGCUAUAUCUCCACCCGAAUGAAAGAGAGCACGAACUGGACGAGGUCAACGACAAGAACCUCCUCAUCCAGAAUAUUCUCAAAAUGAUCCACGGCUCCGAAUCUCAGAACACCCAGGAGCACGCCAUCUCCAUCAACCUGGACCGUUUGGUGCGCAUCUCUCGGGAUGUUCUCAAAUUGCCCGCGGCAAUGAGACGGAGUCAGAAAACCAAAGAUCUCGUGCACCACGUGUGCAAAUAUUGCCAGAAAACUUUCACCGCUAACACCAAUCUGAAGAGUCAUAUCCGCAAGUACCACGAACUGGACAAGGGCUUCAUCUGCUCCUUUUGCGGGAGCGUGUUCGGGGACAGCAAGAAUCUGAGGGAUCACGAGCUCAGAGUGCACGAGGAAGAGCUCCGAGACACCGCCGCAGAUCCCUUGGCCACCGGUACCAACCCCUCCUCGAGGAUGAUCAAUCAAGGUGCCAGUGGUGGUAGUAGUGGCAGUAGUACCACAACCCCCGCGCAUGUUCCCCUUCGUCAAGAAAAGUCUCAAAAUAGUGUCCGUCUUCAUCCCUGUGGACAAUGCAACAAGGCUUUCAAACGGAAGAAUCGCUUGCGAGAGCAUCAUCACCGAGUGCACCUCCAAGAUAAUCACAACAAGACCAACUGUCCUUUUCCGGGAUGCAGCUCGUUAUUCACCUCGAAAUGGCUUUUGAAACAACACGUGAGCGUGGUCCAUUGGAAGGAGAAGACCCAUUCUUGUCCUGAGUGCGACAAGAAGUUCGGGUACGCCCAUCACGUCGUGGUGCACAUGAAGCAGAUCCACGGGAUCGAGAACCCGCGGAAACACCCCCAACAGAACCCGAGCAAUGGAACUUGUUAG